AUGUCUCUAAACCUAGUACAAGCUCAUGGUAUGGCUAUGGCCAUUGGUUUGAUGAUCUUUGGUUCGACAGGUAUUCUUUUCGCACGUUAUGGUCGUUCGAUACGCUUUGGAAAUCGACGACAACUACUUGGUAAAUCUGUUUGGUUUCAAAUUCAUCGGUUCCUUCUUUCUUUCACUCCACUAUUGGUACUUGUUGGUUUUCUAUUCAUACUUGUUCGCAAAGGUGGGAAAUGGGCCGAUCCAACAUCAGCAGAUAUUCGAAUAUUUAUUCACUCAAUCCUCGGCGGUAUAAUUCUAUGUUGUGUGAUCAUUCAGAUCUGGUUGGUAUUGUACCGUUGUCAUCCUCAAAGUCGAUAUCGAUACAUUUUCGAUUGGAGUCAUCGAUCAAUCGGUCUAUUAGGCUUUUCUCUUUUUUUCCCAGCGGUAUUCAUCAUACUUGUGGUCAUGUAUAGUUUUCGUCCAACUCUUCUUCCCAUUUUUUCUUGUUGGACAGCGUGGAUGGUUAUCGUCGUUCUCACUCUCGAAAGAAUUCAAAGUCGACAACGAAAACCGAUUGUCCCAGUUGAGCACAACGGACAUGGCGGCAAUGAAAACCAACAGAGAACAAAUGCGAGCGGGCAACUAGAUACGGAAACAGGUGCGCAGGUGUAUCUUACCAAUGGAUACUAUAAUUAUAUCAAAAUAAUUUUGUUAGUUCUCCAUUUGAUUGUUAGCAUCACCUUGACUAUUGUAUUUAUUGUAUUUUUAUGCAUGUAA